AUGGCCAAGGAAGGCGUGGAGAAGGCGGAGGAGACGGAGCAGAUGAUCGAGAAGGAGGCGAACAAGGAGCCGGCGGAGGGCGGCGGCGGCGACGGCUCGCACCGCCUCGGGGACGCCCAGGAGAUGCGCGCCGUGGUGCUGGCCGGCUUCGGGGGGCUCAACAAGCUGCGGCUCUCCAGGAAGCCCAUGCCCGAGCCGCAAGACGGCGAACUCAAGAUCCGCGUCAAAGCCUGUGGUUUAAACUUCAUUGACCUGAUGGUGCGACAAGGAAAUAUCGACAACCCUCCCAAGACUCCCCUGGUGCCAGGAUUCGAGUGCUCUGGGAUUGUGGAAGCUCUGGGAGACAGCGUGAAAGGCUAUGAGAUUGGGGACCGUGUCAUGGCAUUUGUCAACUACAACGCCUGGGCAGAGGUGGUCUGUACGCCUGUGGAGUUUGUCUAUAAGAUCCCCGAUGACAUGAGCUUCUCUGAGGCUGCCGCAUUCCCCAUGAACUUCGUCACAGCCUACGUGAUGCUCUUUGAAGUUGCCAACCUCCGAGAAGGGAUGUCUGUGCUUGUGCACUCGGCGGGAGGUGGUGUGGGCCAGGCCGUGGCUCAGCUGUGCUCCACCAUCCCCAACGUGACUGUCUUUGGAACAGCUUCUACCUUCAAGCAUGAAGCAAUCAAAGACUCAGUGACCCACCUCUUCGACAGAAAUGCAGACUAUGUGCAAGAAGUAAAAAGAAUUUCUUCUGAAGGUGUGGACAUUGUUUUGGAUUGCCUGUGUGGGGACAAUACCGGGAAAGGCCUCAGUCUUCUCAAACCUCUGGGAACAUACAUUUUAUAUGGCUCAUCCAACAUGGUAACUGGAGAGACCAAGAGCUUCUUCAGCUUUGCCAAAUCAUGGUGGCAGGUGGAGAAAGUGAACCCCAUCAAGCUGUACGAAGAGAACAAAGUCAUUGCAGGGUUUUCCCUGCUAAAUCUGCUCUUCAAACAGGGCCGAGCCGGCCUCAUUCGAGGAGUGGUGGACAAGCUCCUAGCGCUGUACAACCAGAAGAAGAUCAAGCCCGUGGUCGACUCCCUCUGGGCCCUGGAGGAGGUGAAGGAGGCCAUGCAGCGGAUCCACGACCGAGGGAACAUCGGCAAGUUAAUUCUGGAUGUGGAAAAGACCCCGACGCCACUGAUGGCCAACGACAGCACAGAGACCAGUGAGGCCGGCGAAGAGGAGGAGGACCACGAGGGAGACAGCGAGAACAAGGAGCGGACGCCCUUCAUCCAGUAG